AUGCAAACACCAAAUGGAGAUUAUUUUGUCAAUGAUCCGAGCAUGUUGGCGUAUAUGCAACAAGCAGCGCUUCUCCAAUAUCCAUCGAAAAAUAUGUUCCCACAUGGUUUGUUUGAUCAAAUUGAAAAAGAUUUAAUGGGAAGUGAAAUUCUGAUGUUCUUUCCAGUUAUGCAAACCGCGCAACUCCAACAACUUCUCAUGGCACCUCAAACUAUGCCAGUCACCCAACAACAACUAAGAAUUGCUGCUAUGCCAGAUUUCGAAAAAGCGAUGAAUGAUACAAUUGUGACUGGAUCGGCAAAUUACCGCGCUGGUAUCAAAAGUUCUUCAUCUUCCGUCAGCGAGGUACAAAUUCUAAUUCAAGGAUUCGUCGACGAAGUCCAACUAUUUUUUAUUUUCAGAAAUCGCAACAAUAUAUGCGUAGAAAUUCGCCAACAUGGGAAACUCUGACUGAUGACGAACGCGAUUUAGUUCAAAGACAAAAGAGAAAAGAGGAAGCAUUCAAGACAGCUCUAUGCGAAGCUCAUAAAAAGACUGGAGUUUGCCCAUAUGGAAAUGGUUGUCGAUUUGCUCAUGGUGAAAACGAACUUCGAAUGCCAUCACAACCGCGCGGAAAAGCUCAUCCAAAAUAUAAGACCCAAUUGUGUGACAAAUAUUCGACUUUCGGACAUUGUCCAUAUGGAUCAAGAUGUCAAUUCAUUCACAAACUCAAAAAAGGUCUACCAUUGCUUGAAUACAAUCGUGCUCUUGCUCAAGGUGCAAUUUCUCCAGCUCGCGAUGAUGAAGUGACAAAUCCAGAUGAAUCUGAUCAAAGUAUCAAAGCUUUGAGCUAUAAUAAUCAACGCGGCAAACGAACUAGUCAUGAUUUAUCAGAUAGCGGUUACGAUGGAGGAAAAGCUUGUCGUCGUUUAUUAUCAAAUGCAGAAGAAAUGACAACUGGCGGAAAACAAGAAAAAGUUAUCUAUCCACCAAUGCAAGUUAUCAAUAUUGAAAUGGCUACUGGACAUGUUCCCAAAAAACAUCGUCGUACAUCUCCAACACAAAUCAUUGAUCAAUCAGAUUAUGAAGUCGCUAUGUGCAAUGGAAAUAUGUUCGAUAAACCGGAAAAUAUUCGAACAUUUAGCACUUUGGCUCGAGCUGCCCGUGAUGAAAAUUCCAAGAAAGUUGGAAAAGAGAAUGUUCCGAUGAGAAAGGUUUGGAAAACUAUAUAAUUUCGCUGGAUGUUGUUUGAUGAUGAAAAAUGUCCAAAUUUUUUUUUCUAGGAAUUGUCAUUGAUUAGCGAAGAAGAAUCAAUGCUCGAAUCAUCGCAUGCAGUUGGCACUAAAGUUGAGGCACAGAAAAGCGAAAAUGCGCCAUGGUAUGAGAAAAUUUUCGGAAAGAAGAUGACUGUUAUUAGAGAAGAAUCGAUGAAUGAGGACUCGACUCUUCAGGUAAUAAAAUUUUGAAUUUCAAAUUCGUCAAAAUUUUCAUCUUUGCAUGUUUUAUUUAUUCACUAAAAACCACCAGAAAAUCUCGUUUUUUUCUAGCAUGAAAUGACUGGAAGCGGUGAAUAUAACGAUGAAGAACCUCGUCACAAUUGA